AUGGCGCCCAAGCAGUCUAAACCAUUGCAAACUGAUUGGUCGAGGAUUGUGCCCGACCUGGGGCGAUUUGUGAGGCCUCUGCAUGUCAGCCUUCCUUGUGUGGGUAUAGAUGGGGCAGGAUUUGCGUUGAAGGCUUUGAAAGUGCCUUUUGCAGCCAACAAUGUGUAUGAUUUGGAAAAACGAUACAAAAAACACUUGGAGGAACACCUUGCCAGUUCCAAAAUGCACCUGGGCAAGGACAUCACCGAAGUGGAGUUGAAGGAUUUUGAGCGACCGGUGGACUUGCUAAUCAGUGGGCCUCCCUGCCCUCCAUGGGCUGGCAAUGGGAAGCACCAGGGCAUCGAAGACAGAAGGGCCCAUGUCUUCAUAUCUGUCAUGAAGCUGGUUUUGAGCUUGGUGAAGAUUGGUGACCUAAAGGCUUGCGUGAUUGAAAACGUAAAAGGGAUUUUGAGCAAACAUCAGGGCACCAAUGUGAGUUUCAUGGACUACAUUGUCAAGUUUCUGCAGGAACGUGUGCCAGAAUUUGAUUGGCAUGUGGUGACGAUGAAAGCCCAAGACUACAUGCUGGCCCAACAAAGAACCAGGGUCUUCCUACGGGGGAUGCGGAAAUGCUAUGGUGAUGGGGUUGUGCCACCCCCAUUGUUUUUGUUUGGAAAGAGGCCCUUGGUUGAGUUCCUGGAUUUCAAGCUGCCUUCUGUGGAUUGGUCAUCCCUGACACCUACCAUGACCAAGAACCUGAACGAUUCAGUUUUGGCAAUGACAAAGAUGCUUGAGGAUGGAGAGGCAAUGGAAGAAGACAUCCUUUGUUUUCCAUUGGAUCGAGCGGAGGGGAAGGUGUAUGCGCGAAGAUUUUCCAAAAACAUUGUGCCGACACUCACAACAACGAACAAGUACCUCUUCCUAGCCUCACUGGACUUGAGCAAGCAUGAGAAAAAACGCAAAUGUUUUCGAUUUCUGGACCCGAAGGAACGUAUGCUGUUGCAAGGAUUCCCUGCAGACACGCUGGAUGGCUGCUCUGAUGCUCUCAAGGUUCAAGGAAGUGGCAACGCCUACCCAGUUCCACUGAUGGUUGCAGUGCUGAGCGACAUUGUGAAGGAAAUCAAGACGGGCUUGUCGGAGCCAUCUGCCAAGGAGCCUUUGGACAAUCCUUCUUGCGCUGCUCUUUGCAGUGACUUCGACUCUUACAUGGGCAAGUUCGGGGACCAACGCCAAGGUUCCAAGAAGCAAACAGGGAGGCUCAAGGACUUGCUGGAGUUUCUCUCUGUGAUGCAAUCUCAGCCUGGAGAGUAUUCAGAAGAGAAGCAAGCAAGGUUGCUGGAUGCGUGUUUGAGAGAUUUUUUGGUUGGCCCAAAGGUACCAAUGGCUGAAGGGACGCUUAUGGCCAAAGAUGUGCAAGAAGCGUCCAUACCACAAGAGAUGAAGGACAGGGUCAUUGCAUGUCUGCAGGACAAGAUGUUGGAAGACAAGGGUUCUACCAGGAAAGAAGGGAAACGAGGAAAUGGAACCCAGAACCACCGCUACCUGAUGAAUUACUUUACCAAAGAAGAGUGGGAUGACCUCCGGUCUGAUGCGAAAAGCACAAACAGCAAGAUCCAGGUUUUGAAAGAGAGGUUCAUGAAAAUUGGGCUCAGAAACCCUGCAGAACCAACAUUUGUUCUGGCCAACGCAAUUCUCCAUGUGGCGGCCUACCAAGGGCCAAUCGAUAUGAUGGAGUGUGAUUUGAACAAAGCUUUUGAUGUACUCAAGGACAUCAAAGCAAUUCACCGAGCCUCUUUGAAAAGGAUGAUGAGUUCAGGCAUUGAUGACUACCCUGAAGUUCCAUCAGCCAUGGAUGCAGAACUGUUCAACCAGGCCUACAGGCAUGGACCUCCUGUUCAAUGCCCGUUGGAUGUGGCAGUCAUCCAAAAACUGGCGGAUUGGAUGCCAGCAAGGGGAACCCAUGGCGAAGUGGCCCGCAGCAAGGUUAAACUUGGGACGAUGGGGCAAAAUUCCAUGUUUGGACAAGAUGCUAUGAUGGGACGCAUGAUGUGCAAUGCUUUCAUGGAUCGUUUCUUCAACAAUCAGCCAUCGGGGGGCUCUGCACACAUUGAAGAAAACCGGUCUUUGAAGAGGAGGAAAAGCCUACUGGCGUUGGAAGAUGUCAAAAAACAUGAGGAACCUGCACCUGAUAUCAAAAAGGAGGCAGCAAGCAAGGAGGCAGAAAAAAAUGAAAAUGAGGACGACCAACGUGAUGCUGGCACAGCCACAGUUGAUAGCAUGGCAGCAAGCAUUCAGGCCCAAUUGGCAGACAACAAGGGACCAAAGGACACGAAACCAGCGGCCAAGAAACCACCCAAAAGAAAAAAUCUAGACAAGACCAAGGACAAGAAGGUUCAAGAGUCAAAAGUUUCCAAGUCCAAAGUUUGUGGAAAGAAACUGAAAUUUCCUGGAACCACAGCCCAAGGAGCGAUCCAUUUGGAUGCUUGCACCAUUUACACAUGCCCCAAAAGCUCGAACUGGCGUGUCAAGAAAAACGGAGACAAAAAGGACAGGGCGUUCUCUUGGAAGAAGGACAAACCAUCUGAGGUGUGGGAACGGGUCAUAGCCUUUGUUUCAGAACUCCAAGGCUGA